AUGGGAUUCGGUCAAAUCUCGGUUCAAUAUUUGAAGAGUUCCGGCGACGAUUGGAUAGAUAGCGACAUCAACACGACACUUUCCAAUGUGCAAGAGGUUAAGCUUCAAUGUCACAUUAUGUCCAAAUGGGAGAAAUACAAGAAAUGUUUCGUGAAGAUUCAUUUUGUUCGUUCUUUCCACAAUCGAUUCGACGAUCCAUCACCGUCGGAUAAUGGGCGGGAAUUUGCCAACAAAAUGGUCAAAGAAUUAGUGAAUCGUUGGUCAGGGUGUCAAAUUGUGCACGGGCGACCACGACACUCGCAAUCACAAGGAUCCGUUGAAAGAGCAAAUCAAGACGUCGAGAGAAUCCUUUGCACUCAACUACAAAAUCCAACUUUUUUUCCGGACACAAGUGACGAAGCGGACGAGGAGUUCGAGAAGGCAAUGGAGUUAGAAAAGCGAGAGGAAAAUAUUCUGCAACACCGAGAGGGAGCCCUACAAUGCCAAAAAAUGCAGGCCUCAAAGAUGCUGGAAGCUUCAAAAAAUAGAUAUGAUUUGGACCAGUUGAAGUGGGAAGAACAGUCCGACUGCCGAUUGAUUCUGUCGAUCAUUGGCACUAAAAACGGAAUUCUUCAACAAAAGUUAACAAGGAAUCAAUUCGAACCGGCCAAUAAUAAUUUCAUCACCGCUGAAGAAGUGCCACAUGUUGAGACGUCGUUUCGAGCCGCUGUUGGAGCCGAGUCCUUGACUGGAUCGCAAGUUAAUUUGGAUAAAUGGAAGAGUAUUCAAGUGAACGGUUGUGUCGAUUGUGAUUUCCUUGUCGAUUUCUCUUUUCGCGUGUGCAACGAGGUGCCGAAUGGACAAGAAGGACACUACACCGAUUUGAACAUUGUCAUCUGCAAAGAUCCAUAUCCAUUCACAAUCAACGGAAAACCACCAUUGAAUCCCCAUUGUGAAUGGCGAGCUUUAAUUCUUGAUCCGAUGGGCUUCAACACCACUUGGGAUGAUCUCUAUUCUUGCUCAUAUCGUCUAAACGGAGAGAAACGUCUCAUCGUGAGAGCUGUCUCGCAAAAAGUCUCUCAAAAUGGUUUCGCCUUCUCAUUUCGUGUUCGGCAAUGGGUUAAUGAGUCGAUCCCAAUGUUCGUUCUACCGGAUGAGAGCCGUUGCAUCAACUCAUCCCCAUACGAAAUCAACGGUGAACGUCCAGAAAUCAAAGAUUGGGAGAUUCGGUACACCUCUCGACGUGUAUAUUUUCUGCUACAGGCUCGUCUCAUCAAAGAAAGUCGCGUCUAUUUGGGUUCGGAUGCCGAUCUUUCGGCCACUUUCUAUGGGGGCUACUCAUUUCGAGUGCCCAACACAACGCUCGAUGAGACGAAUUUCUUCUUCUUGCCCGUCAACGAUUUGCUUCACAUGCGUGAAUUCGGCUUUCGAUUCGCCGAGUCGCCACGCGGAACGUGGUUUUUGAUGGUUUUAGAAUUCGACAAAGUCCUGCAACUGAGAAAAUUUCGCGGAGAUCACGGGAAUCGCUCGUGCGAGUAUCAAAUAGUCAACGGGCCACCCAGUAACUUCCUUGGCCAUCCCGAGCUUCUAUUGAACACGUAUCGUGAUACCGAUGUCUUUCAAGAGCAAUCUCUCACAUCUCCAUCCUACAGUAUCUACAUACCACCUGGAUGUGCUCCAAGUAUCGCUUUCAGCACAUAUUCCAUGGGCACCGACCCGCCGCUGACUUCUUCCGGCGACGAUUGGAUAGAUAGCGACGUCAACACGACACUUUUCAAUGUGCAAGAGGUUAAGCUUCAAUGUCACAUUAUGUCCAAAUGGGAGAAAUACAAGAGAUGCUUCGUGAAGAUUCAUUUUGUUCGUUCUUUCCACAAUCGAUUCGACGAUCCAUCACCGAAAUGUCCUUCACAAACUCUCUACAAGCCAACUCCUUGUGGUCAUACAUCGAGAAAA